UCUAAUAGAAUUUAAGCAAAAAAUAUAAAUUUAUUUUAAAAAAUUCUAAAAUAUCUUUAAAACUAAAGUAAAAUAAAACAAAUAUAUAAACAAAAAACCCAAUUUGUAAAAACUUUAUAAAUUAAAACAUUAAUUAAAAGUAUCUUAUAACAAGAAGAACAAGCGCCACGUUUUUCUGUGAUUGUGAAAUAUUUGCUCAAAAAAAAAAAAAAACACUUGAUGCUCCACGGAAAAGUUUCCUCAAGCAUACAAAUUGGAGUUUUAUUAAAGUUUAACAAAUUUCCAAUAACACAACCAGCAACAACAACCUUAAGAUACCGACAUUAUUGGAAAAACAUGGAUUGUGAUUUAUUAAAGCCACCCUCAGAAGUAAGAGGUAUGACGGUGUUGGCAAUAGAAAAAUUUAAUAAAACCAUACAAGUUCCACGUUUAUGGGUACCCGAAGAAAAAUCCCAACGUGUAUUGCCGCUAGUGAAAAAAUUACUAUUGAAAAUGGAAAAAUUGAAACCGGUGAAACCAUUGAAAUACCAAGAGCAAGAGGGUAGAGAAAUUUUAUUACAUCCCCAGCCAGUAAAGAGCUGGCAGGAUUUACCCACUCAGGAAUUGGAAAAACAUGACAUUAAAGAGGAAAAUUAUGCCUUAACGGAAUUAAACUUAAGCUAUGACAAUUGGCGAGCAGAUGAGAUAAUGAAAUCUGUUUUGCCGGCAAAUGAAGAAGGUUUAACUUCGUAUUCCAGAAUAGGUCAUAUUGUGCAUUUGAAUUUGAGAGACCAUUUAAUGCCCUAUAAGGAUCUAAUAGGCCAAGUGCUGUUACAAAAAGUGGUGGGUUGUAAAACUGUGGUGAACAAAGCGGCCUCUAUUGAUAACACCUAUCGUAACUUCCAGCUGGAUUUGUUGUGUGGUGAGGCUGUCUAUCAAGUGGAAACUAAAGAAAAUGGUGUUUUCUUUGAAUUUGAUUUCUCAAAAGUCUAUUGGAAUCCCCGUUUAUCAACAGAACAUGAAAGAAUUGUUCAAUUACUUAAACCCCAAGAUGUUUUGUAUGAUGUCUUUGCUGGUGUAGGACCAUUUGCAGUGCCUGCAGCCAAAAAACAAUGCCAGGUCUUGGCCAAUGACUUAAACCCCGAAAGCUAUAAAUGGUUGCAGCACAAUAUGAAACGUAACAAAUGUUUAGCACAAGCUCAGGUCUUUAACAAAGAUGGACGAGAUUUUAUACUUAAUGAAUUACGUGAAGAUCUGCUUAAAAGAUGGCAACAACCAAAUGCUAACAAUUACAAAAUACACAUUACCAUGAAUCUUCCCGCCAUGGCUGUAGAAUUUCUAUCUGCCUUUAGAGGUCUAUUUGCUAAAGAGACCUCAAUAGAUUUUAGCCAGGAAAAUGUAAAUUUUCCUUUGGUACAUGUUUAUUCAUUUGCCAAGGGUACUAAUACCAAAGAAUUGGUUUUGCAAUUAGUGGAAGAAAAUUUACAGCUGAAAUUAAAGGACAAUUUAGAAGGAGUAUAUUUUGUACGCAAUGUGGCACCCAACAAAGAUAUGUAUCGUGUAUCGUUUUAUCUUACCGAAGAGAUUUUAAAGCAACCAAUUGCUGGUAGUGUGGCUAAUAGCGAUAAGGAGGGUAUUAAACGUAAAGCUGAAGUAGACGAAGACGAAAUGUUGGAAAGUUCAAAAUUUUCUUCGGUAUUACAAUAAUGGGUCGCAGGUCUAAACAGAAAACUAAUGGUGGCAAUAAACCUGGAGCUGCUGCCACCAGUUCCAUUAACAAAUCUAAGAAAAAUAAAAAUCUUUUUAAAGUAUCUGAUGUCAAACAAAAGAAGAAACCCAAAGAAGUACAGGGAAAACUUAAAAAGAUCAAAGAAGCCGUCACUAAGAAACAAGAAAAAGUUGAUGCCAAUCUACGUGAUUUACACAAGGAUUUAGUUGUUAAGAAACCUCAAGCCUCUACCUCGAAACCAUUAAAACCCACCAAAAAACCAGCACCUAAUACAAAAAAUCUUUCCGAUAAAUUGGGAAAUUUCAAAUUUUAAAAAGAAAGAAAAUAGCAGCGUGCUGUUGUUUGCUCUUUCGGCAAUAUUUUCUUCAAGUAGUUAUAGUUGAGUUCUAUUUUAAUUGUAGAUUUUAGAAGAAUUUUAAUUAUGUUAAAAAAAAAAUACAUAAAAGAAACAUAUGUGUAAUGUUUAAUAGACAUAUGUAAUAAAAGUUAUAUUAAAAACAUA